UGGGUGGAUAAGGGAAAGUUUGGCCAACAGAGUUUCGACCGCACCCUCGCCGGACGGCACGUGAUUGGUGGAGAUGUGGUCACGUGACAAAUGAGCGCCAUCUUGCAUCUCUUCCGUUGCAGUCGGCUAGCGGGCUGCGCUGCGUAGCGUGGAGGAACACCUGCUCUGGCAUAUUAGUUAAUGUAUUUUUCGAUAAGGUUUUAAUUCCCUGGGAGUGGGAUGGUCUACUGCGCGGCGAGGAGCUGUGGCAGCCACUCGGGCCUGGGCAAGAUGCUGCACAGGUUCCCGAGAAAUCCUAGCAGAAGAAAAUACUGGGAGAUGAGAGUUCACCGUGAUAACUGGAAACCAAAUGACAAUUCAUAUUUAUGUGCCGAUCAUUUUGACGAGUCGCAGUACGAGAGCCACAGAGUUGACAACAAGAGGAGACUGAAAGCAUUUGCUGUGCCAACAAUAUUCCCGUUUACCAUUCCUGCCCAACCAUCAGCCAAUCCCUUGCCGAUAAAUGGGGCUUCUAAUGAUACGUGUAAUGCAUCUUCAGCUCCAACACUGCCGCUGGCUGACCACACCUACUGCAUUCCUAAUGGUGAUGAAGGAACAAAGGAAAUACCAAUGAAAGAACUUGACGCUGGGAAUGAUGAUGGUCAGGAAAAAGAAGACGAGGCUCCACAGCCUGAUCUCAGAGAUGAGGCGCCGUGUUCCACUAUUAAUGUUGCCUCUGAUUGCCUUGGUAACGACGAAGCCAAUCCAAAAGAAAAAAUAAAGAAACUCAAGCAAUCACUGGUCAAGGAGAGAAAAGAGAGGCGUGUUUUAGAGAAAAGCAAGAGUGUCCAAGAAGCUGCGUUUGCGGAGCUGUUCAAUAAGGAUCAGCUGGAAAGACUCUGCCGCAGAAGUAGGCGAGGUGUGAAGUGGUCCGCGGAGACGGUCCAGAAAGGUCUUCAGCUGCUGUCAGUCUGUAGUGUAGCGGGGUACGAGUUACUACUGUUCCAAAAACAACCCUUGCCUUCCAUGAGAUCACUGAGAAGACAACACGAAAAGAGCAAUUAUCCACCACUGACGCCGAUGCUAGUUCACCACGCGCACCACGGCAAUUCCAGUGACGAUGAUGCAACGCAGGAAGAAGCGCCAAUUGACAAUGAUGAGCGAGACACUGACGACCACGAUGAAGAUCAACAGCCUUGUUCCACGGACGAAGCCUCAUAUCCUGCUUCUGGGUGCUUUGGUCCGGACGAAAGUUAUGUGACAAAAGAAGAAAUAAAGAAACUGAAGCAAGCACUGGCGAGGGAAAGAAGGGAGAAGCGCGUGCUGGAGAAAAAGCUGAGUGUGCAGAAAGCAGCGUUUGCCGAGCUGUUCACAAAGGAUCAGCUGGAGAGGAUUUCAUGUAACAGUAGUCGCAGUGUGAAGUGGACUGCUGAGACGAUCAAGAAAGGCCUUCAGCUGUUGUCUGUUUGUGGUGCAGCAGGAUACGAGUUACUGUUGUCACAAAAACAUCCUUUGCCGUCCAUUUCAGCACUUAAGAAGACGACACGAGAAAAGCAGGUUGAAGGAUAAAUAUAAAGUAGAAUUUCCAAUGACAGUUGAGGAUGACAACUAUAAAUACUGCAAUGUACGACUAUAAUCAUUGAUAAAUCCUUUUUUAACGUUCGAUGCAGCUUGAGAAUUGUUGCAGCCAAGAAAAGAACAAAUUUAUGAUAAUAUUUAUGAAUGCAUGAAACUAAUCUGAUUGGGGCAAUAUUUCAAGCAGAAAAUACGAGUAAAUAAAAUAAAAAUUAAUGUAUAAAACACGUUCCUCCCACUAG